AUGGGGGGCUGGACACCCUCUCUGGUUCCCAGGGCCCUGCUGCUGCAGCUCCAGGACUUGCCGAUAAAAACUCAGGAAAAAUCCCGUCUUGCUGCUGAAUGGGAGAGGGGGGAAGAGGUGGUCACCUACCAGUUCGGCUCCAUCGAGCCUUUCGGCGCCAGCUUCAAGGUGACGCCCGAGACCACCGAGACGGAGGUCAACGUGCGCAAGUGCUUCCGCAUCAACGGCACCGACGGGGACCUCGUGGCCCCGCAGAGCGUCUUUCCCAGCCUGGAGAACUUCAAGUGGGUGAGGGAGGAGCGUUUCCGCGGGCAGCGCUGCGCCGUGUGGCAGAACGUGUCCUACUGGGGCCGCAAGAAGAACGUGUACACGCUGCGGGUGGCCGGCGCAGCGCGGCACGCCGUGCCCCUGCACUACGAGAUGCGCGGCUACAACAGCCUGCUGGGCUCCCACUACGACAAGUACGAGAUCGAGUACUCCACGUUCGGGCACCACUUCCCUGCCAGCGUCUUCCGCCUCCCGGACGGUGUGCAGUGUGAGCAGUGGCCCGCGGCCGGCCCCGAGCACCGCAUCCUGGCCAACCCCAUGCAGGAGUUUGUGGGGAGGGCUCGGGAUGCGGAGCACGUCCACCACCGCCUCUUCCACCACUACAAGGAGAGGUAUGGGAAGAGCUACGGCAGCGAGGAGGAGCAGGAGCACCGCAAGCGCGCCUUCGUGCACAACAUGCGCCGGAGGAUCCGUGUCCCUGCUGGCAUGCGCUUCCCGGCCUGCGGGGUGUCCUGGGGGGGAUCCUGCAACGAGACGGCCCAGCUGGACCACGCGGUGCUGGCCGUGGGCUACGGCGAGCUGCACGGCAAGGGCUACUGGCUCCUCAAGAACUCCUGGUCCACGUACUGGGGCAACGACGGCUACAUCCUCAUGGCCAUGAGGGACAACAACUGCGGCGUGGCCACCGCCGCCUCCUUCCCCAUCCUGGCCUGA